AUGGGCCGUGUAUCCACCUCCACUGCCCUUCUUGGGCUUCUUGGACUUGCCUCAGCAUCUGGUUGUCCUUUUGCGAACCCAGCUGCUGCUCUUCGUAGUAGAGCUGAUGGUGCUACUGAAGACCCGAUACUCGCCGCCACAGUCGAUGACAGCAGUGGUUACUUUACUGAUGAUGUCGGUGGACAAAUCCAGGAGCAAGACAGUUUGAGAGCUGGCGACAGAGGACCUACCCUAUUAGAAGAUUUUAUCUUUCGUCAGAAAAUCACACACUUUGAUCAUGAACGAGUUCCCGAGCGAGCUGUCCAUGCAAGGGGUGCCGGAGCUCACGGCACAUUCACGAGUUAUGGGGACUGGAGUAAUAUAACGGCGGCCUCGUUCCUGAGCAAAGCUGGAAAAGAAACUCCAGUUUUCGUACGAUUCUCGACCGUAGCUGGAUCGCGUGGAAGUGCCGAUACGGCACGCGAUGUCCACGGGUUUGCGACAAGAUUCUACACCGAUGAGGGCAACUUUGAUAUCGUGGGAAAUAAUAUCCCGGUGUUUUUUAUCCAAGAUGCCAUUAGGUUUCCAGAUUUAAUUCACUCCGUGAAGCCAAGCCCAGAUAGCGAGAUACCUCAAGCGGCUACAGCUCAUGACUCGGCUUGGGAUUUCUUUUCUCAGCAGCCGAGUACACUCCACACCCUCUUUUGGGCUAUGGCUGGCUUUGGUAUUCCACGCAGCUUUAGGCAUAUGGACGGCUUUGGCGUCCACACGUUCCGCCUUGUAACCGACGACGGCAAAUCUCAGUUCGUCAAGUGGCACUGGAAGACGAAGCAAGGGAAGGCUAGCUUGUACUGGGAAGAAGCUCAAAUCUUGGCCGGCAAGAACGCGGAUGCUCAUCGACAAGAUCUAUUCGAGGCUAUCGCCGCCGGCAAUGGUCCCGAGUGGGAACUUGCUGUCCAGCUAGUCGACGAGGACAAGGCCCUUGCGUUCGGAUUCGAUUUAUUAGACCCUACCAAGAUCAUCCCUGAAGAGUAUGUCCCUCUUCAGAAGCUUGGCGUCAUGAAGUUGCACACAAACCCGACGAACUACUUCGCGGAGACUGAGCAAAUUAUGUUCCAACCUGGACAUAUUGUGCGGGGAAUAGACUUUACCGAGGAUCCCCUAUUGCAAGGUCGCAUCUUUUCCUACCUGGACACUCAGUUGAACAGACAUGGUGGCCCCAACUUUGAGCAGCUCCCCAUCAACAGACCACUUAUCCCCAUUAACAACAACAACCGUGAUGGUGCGGGCCAGAACUUAAUUCACAAGAACAUCCACCCUUACACCCCCAACUCUCUGAACGGCGGAUACCCUAAGCAGGCGGACCAGAAGAAUGGACGCGGGUAUUUCAAUGCCCCUUCCCGGAGCACGAGCGGCCGACUCGUCCGUGGUCUCUCGUCUACCUUUGACGACCAUUGGUCGCAGCCGCGACUCUUUUACAACUCCCUUCUCCCCGUAGAGCAGCAGUUCCUCAUCAACGCCAUCCGUUUCGAGACCAGCCACCUGCAGUCCACCGAGGUGAAGAAGAACGUGCUACUGCAGCUCAACAGGAUAAGUAACGACGUCGCCGUCCGCGUCGCCUCCGCUCUCGGCCUCGAGGCUCCUGCCCCCGACGACACGUACUACCACGACAACACGACGAUCAACAUCAGCAUCGUCAACAGCACGCUGCCCACCGUCGCCACCCUCAAGGUCGGCAUCCUGGCUAGCACGACCAAGGCGAACGGCACAAACGCGCUCGACCAGGCCAAAACCCUGAAGCAGCGCUUGGGCAACGACAACCUGACCGUCACGGUCGUGGCCGAGAGCCUCGUCGAGGGCGUCGACAAGACGUACUCGGCCGCCGACGCGACGGACUUCGACGCCGUGGUCGUCACGUCCGGCGCCGACGCCGCGGGCCUCUUCGCCUUGACAGCGUCGGCCGGCAAGCUGAACCCGCUGUACCCACCCCUGCGGCCCCUGCAGAUCGCCAACACGGCGUACCUGUUCGGCAAGCCCGUCGCGUACUUCGGCAGCGGCUCACCCAGCGACUCGCUCGCCGCGGCGGGCCUGGACCCCGUGGCCGAGGGCGUGUACGCCGAUAGCGAUCUGGAGAAGGUGGCGACGGGCCUCGUGGACGGGUUGAAGACGUUCAAGUUUACUUCGAGAUACCCCUUGGAUAAGACGGAUUGA